AUGUUUUCCAUCUACGGCAAUAAAAUUGGAGGGGCGGCAUACACUCGUUUGGCAAGGAUCUCGCAAGCAACAGCGCGCAGGUCGUGGAGAUCAGAGUCCCAGAGCUCGACCAGUGCCUGGAUCUUGAACCAUCGCACGCAGACGAGCAGACAGAAGACGACACAGGCGCGGUACUGCUCUCCGCCGGCCUCUUUGGCAGUCUGGAUAACCUCCUUGGUGAUAACAGUGCUGUUGGCCUUUGUAACGAGACCCUCCUCCAGCUCGCAGCAGACGACCUGCUCGACUAGAUGCUUAAGCCGCAGAGCUACCUUUGUCACCUCCUUCGCUGGCAGAGCGGGCGUGAUAAUCUGGUCGCGAGUACGAGGAAGUACUAUAUCAUCGAUCAGAAGGUGUUAG